ACUAGAUAUUGGAGAUUUUUUAAAUUCAAAUUUACACAUUAAUAAUAUUUUUAAAAAACAACUUCUUGAAGAUCAUUGGAGACCCCUAAAUAAAAAUAAUUUUCCCUUUUCUACUCACAAAAAAUGUGGUAGUAUAGAAAAAAGAUACGUAAAAUUAGAGCAUUUGGAAAAAUAUUUUUGGCUAGUGAUAUCAAAAUCUAUGAAUGGUUUAUUCUGUGUUUAUUGUUCAGUUUUUAAUCACUCUAAUACUGGCACAGGAUCAAAAAAUACAAUGCCUCUUAAGUGUCUAGUAACCGAACCUUUAACCAAAUUUGCUAAACUUCUUGGAAAGGAUGGUUACCUAGAAACUCAUAGUAGAAAUAUUUACCAUAAAAACGCCGUUCAGGAUGGAAAAUCAUUUUUACAUAUUUAUAAUAAUCCACAAAAUAAAAUUACCAAUAAACUAAAUACAGCUCAUUAUGAACAAGUUAAAGAAAACAGAUCUCGGUUGAAACCAAUAAUUGACUCGUUAAUAUUUCUUGGUAAACAAAAUAUUGCUAUUCGAGGACAUCGCGAUGAUGGCAGUAUAUUUGACGAUUCUCAAAAGCCUACAGAAAAUAAUGGAAAUUUCAGGGAAUUAUUAAAUUUCAGAAUUUCAUCUGGUGAUGAGAUUUUAAAAAAUCAUUUAUUAAGUUCCGAGUCUAGAGCCACUUACAUUAGUAAAACGACACAGAACGAACUUAUUUGUAUUAUAGGAAAUUUGAUACUAAAAAAUGUGUUGGAAAGAGUAAAACAAUCAAAAUUUUAUAGUGUUAUUUUUGAUGAAACCACCGAUGUAUCAAAUAUUUCCCAGUUAGUCACUGUUAUUCGAUAUGUCCAUAAAAAUGAAGUGUAUGAAGAUUUUAUCGGAUUCUUAGACUGUCAUAAAGACAAUUAUAAAAAUACUGGAGGGGAAGUAGAACCUAAAAUGACUGGUGAAAUUAUAGGAAAUUCAGUUUUGAGCAUUUUAAAAAAACUUGAUUUACCAUUUGAAAAUUGCGUCGGAAUUACAACAGAUGGAUGUAGUGUUAUGCUAUCCGAAAAAUGUGGAGCAGUUAAAACACUUAAAGAAAAAAUGAAAAAUGCAAUCAAAUGCACUUGUUUUAGUCAUGCCUUAAAUUUGUCUAUUAUGAAAGGGUGCAAAAUUAAAUUUGUAAGAAAUGCUUUCGGAAUAAUGAAAGAAAUAAUUAAUUUUUUUAAUUCAUCAGCAAAAAAAAACUAUAUUUUGAAAAAUACUUUAAAAUCAUCAUUACAUUCAUUAUGUGAGACAAGAUGGGUGGAAAAACAUGACUGUAUUUUACAAUUUUUCACUGGCCUAAGUUCCAUAAUCGAGGCAUUAGACAAAAUAUCAGAUUGGGAUGAUAUAAAUACCGCAAAAAUUUUUACUUUAACAUCUCCAGUAAGUAAAUUAUUGCAGUCCAAAAGCCAGGACAAAUUUUCAGCUACUACUAUAAUUAAAAAUGUAAUUUCUAUUUUGAAAAAAAAACGAGAAAAUAGUUCCAACUGUUUUAACAAAAUAUUUAAAACCGCUGAAAAUCAGAUGGCCAACUUGGGGAUUUCAAUCGGAAUUAACAAGCCAAGAUUAUCUGAAGUAAUGAAAAACAGAGAAAAUCCUCAAACUCAAUCUGUUGAAGAAUAUUUUAGAAUAACUCUUUUUAUUCCCUUUCUCGAUAAUUUACUAUAUGAUUUAGAAUCUAGAUUCGAUGAAGAUUUAAUGUCAGUUUUUGAUCUAGACGUAGUGUUGCCCAACAUAGUUAAAACAAAAUCCAUUUUUGAUGACAAAUUUAAAUUAGAAAAUAAAAUAAAAAACGUGAUUAAUCAAUUUGGUGACUUAGUAGCUCAUGAAAUAAAUAUACCUAGAGAUAUUUUUGAAUCUUCAAUAAUUGGUGAAUUUGAACUUUGGCACAAUUAUUGGUUGCAAGAGGAACAAUUACCUUCGUCACCUUUAGAAGCUAUCAAACAAUGUGACCCGGACCUUUUUUCUGGAAUAAAUGUAUUGUUAAAAAUACUUAUCACGUUACCGGCUACAGGUGCAACAGCUGAACGUAAUUUUUCAUCACUACGACGAGUCAAAACAUGGAUGAGGUCGAGAAUAUCAGAGGAACGAUUAAAUGGACUGGCAUUAUUACACGCUCAUCGAGAUGUCAUUAUAAACCACGAUGAAGUUAUAGAUAUAUUUGCUCAAUCUAACAGAAGAUUGGACUUUGUAAUUUGAUUCAUAAUUAAAAUGUUUUAACUUCAAAAUUGUUAUAUUAUAUUUUAUUAUGAAUUUUAAAAGGUAUUUUAAAAGAAAAAGAUAGAUUUAAAAAUGUAAUUUAAAUAAUUAAAUAAAGAAAUAAAGAAAUUUAAUGCAGUUUAUGUAUUCAUUAUAAAUUUAUAAAUAAUCAGGAAUUGCAUUCUGUACUAUUGCAUUUAUAACUAUUUAUAUAUAUAUAUAUAAUAA